GGUUUAGUCAACUGAGUUGACCACUUUAUAUGCUUUUUGCAGGUGGUAAGGUCUUCACAUGGGGAAGAGGAAGCUCUGGUCAGUUAGGACACGAUGACAGUCUCAGCACCUCUUUGCCAAAACCAGUAUCCUUCUUUGACGAUUAUGUUAUCACUCAAGCUGCUGCUGGAUGGAGUCAUUCUGGUUUUGUUUCAGAUUCUGCUUGUCUUUUUACAUGUGGCAAUGGCUCGUUUGGUCAGCUCGGUCAUGGUGAUAACAUGUCAUUAAGCACUCCAGCUAAAGUCUCUUACUUUCUUGAUAAGAAUGUGAAGAUGGUUGCUUGCGGUAUGCGCCAUUCGCUUGUCUUGUUCACAGGGAAUCUAGUGUGUGGAUUUGGAUCUGGAAAGCGUGGACAGUUAGGUAUCUCAUCAGACAGAACAAAGUCAGUAGAUCUUCCAUGUCUUGUCUCUGGAUUAAAAGAUGUUGAGGUUGUUCGCAUAUCAGCUAAUGGAGAUCAUAGUGCAGCUAUAUCCGCUGAUGGACAAUUGUUCAGUUGGGGAAGAGGAUUCUGCAGCAGUCCCGAUGUUCAAACCCCUCAGUGUUUGCCUUCAUCUCUUUCUUUCAGAGAAGUUGCUUUAGGAUGGAAUCAUGCUUUACUACUAACCGUUGAUGGCGAGGUUUUCAAGCUUGGCAAUACCCUUGAUAAACAAUCUGAGAAGCAACAACUGCAUAUAGAUCCCUCUGAAGCUCCCUUAGCGAAAGUUCCAGAUUUUGAUGGAGUAAAAGUUCUGAAAAUUGCAGCAGGUGCAGAGCAUUCUGCUGCUGUAACAGAGAAUGGAGAAGUUAAGACAUGGGGAUGGGGUGAACAUGGUCAGCUUGGCCUUGGAAACACCAAUGAUCAGACCAAUCCUCAACCCGUGAGCCUUGGAAGUAUAUAUCUGCAAGCGAAAGAGAUGGAAGUAUAUUGCGGAAGUGGAUUUACUUAUGCUGUAAGGCGAAAACAAGAGCUUUAUUCUUCACCAAUCUCAUCAUAGAAAUGGAUGUAUGACAUCUUAUGUGUGUAAAAUUGUACAAUGCAAGGAGCCAAUUGUUUACAAGAGUCUUGUGACUCUUGUAAAAUUGUACAAUGCAAGAGUCUUGUGACUCUUGUGAGAGGAACAAAGUGGUCGUAUUGGUACAAUAUACAAAUCUUUCUUACUA